AACUUCUGUUUCAUGUUUAUGUUAUGAACAUGAAGGGCAUUAAAAUAUUUUUCAUUUUUUCAUUAUGGAUGCCCUUCACUGUGGUCUCAGCAGAAAAUAAUUGCAGUAGUCAUGGAAUUCCUCUACAGGGAAACUUUGAGUUGGCUUCUGAUAUAAAAAACUCCUUUAGCCCAGGCGAAAGUGUGAUUUUUUCUUGUCAAAUUAAAUUUACUUGUGAUGAUGGUUUUUGGAAGAGAAGUGCAUCAAGGUGUCAGUUGGUGAAAUGUGAACCAAUCCAACCAACUAAAGGAUUGGUCAUGAAAGGAAAUUUUGCCAGUCCUCAGUACAAUGAUGUGAUUGAGUUUGAAUGUCAGUCUGAUGACAAUCAACUAAAUGGACCAGGUCAGAUACAAUGUACUGAAAAAGGUGAAUGGAGUGGGCCAAUCCCAGAAUGUGAAGAAAUAAGAUGCCAGUACCCUCUCAUACAACACGGUAAUCCUAGAAUUUCAGACACCAUCUACAAGAAAAAUUACAUCCUAAGAUUCUCUUGCGAACAAAACUACAUACCUGUUGGAAGUGGGACUGUUAGGUGCACAAAGACAGGUUGGAGUCAACAACCACGAUGUGAAGAACAGACAUGCAGUGUGCUUUACAGAAGCGAUGUGGAUGAGAAAUCCUUCACACGGUCUAGUUACAAAACUGGAGAACAAGUUUAUUUCACUUGCAAGGGAGGAUACAGAAAAAAAGAGAAUACAGACUACAUCACAUGCACAGAAGGUGUCUGGGAGCCAAGAGAUAUGUGUGAAGUGAUGACUUGCAGUGUGACAGAUCAAGAUCCAUUUGUCGUUGGGAGAUCAAGACACUAUGAUGGACUUUACAGAGUUGAACAAUAUCAGUACGGGUAUACCUGUAAGGAAAGAUAUGAAAAACCAGACAGAAAUGCUUAUGCACAAUGUACAAUAAAUGGAUGGAAGCCAGAUCCACUGUGUCAGAGUAAGACAAAGCGUUUAUCCUGCAAAGAGCUUCCAGAAGUAGAAAAUGGGGACAGAAUUUCUGAAAAACAGGAAGGUGACCUGUUUAAAGAAGUUACCUUUCAGUGUCGCAGGUCUUAUACAUUGGAAGGCAAAGAAACUGUCAGAUGCAGGAAUGGAAACUGGGAGGAACUCCCAAAAUGUUUAAAACCUUGUGCGAUAGAAAACAUACCUGAAAAGCAUCAUCUUGAGAAAUUACCUUCCACAGUAUAUGUUGAAGAAGGGAAAACAUAUAGAUUUACAUGUAAAAGUCGAUAUUAUAAAGACACCUGGUACUGGAGUACGAAUGUUGAAGGGAUUUGCAAAAAUGGACAUAUGGAAUUUCCAACAUGUGUACGGGGGUAAAGAUAGACAUCUACACAUAGGUUUCUUAGUAUAUGGAAAAGAAGACUGAUGGGAUACCUAAAAGAAUAUUGUUGAUCGGAGACAAUUAAAAUGUAUUUACAUCUCA